CCCCCCUCCCUUAAACAUGUGGAGUUUAAGGGAGUAAAGUUUCAGCUUUUUAUAAUGGCCUCAUAAUAAUAAUAAAGCAGCUACAUUGAAGCACAAGAUUUAAUGGUCCCAAAUAUGUCAGCAACUACUGAGUAUGAGUCAUUCGGUGACUAUAACAUAAAUACUACCACAGAUGACAAUGACAUAGAUGGAUUCUGCGACUUGAAUCCUGACCCCACCGAGGUCAUCACCCAAACUUACAUCCACUCCAUCAUUUGCACCUUCGGCCUGAUUGGCAACAUCCUUGUGAUGGUCACCUACAUCUUCUACAAAAGAACCAAGACCAUGACAGACGUCUAUCUGUUCAACGUGGCCGCGUCUGACCUGAUCUUUGCAGCUACCCUUCCGUUAGUCAUGUAUAAUGAGCAGCACGGUUGGUCGAUGGGCACAGUGGCUUGUAAGGUGCUCCGGUCAACCUACAGCAUUAACCUCUACAGUGGCAUGCUGCUGCUCGCGUGCAUCAGUGGUGAUCGAUACAUUGCAAUAGUUAAGGCGACACGUUCCUUUGGGACGCGCUCCCGCGCUCUCAUCUACAGCCGUCUGAUCUGCUGUGGUGUUUGGGUGUUUGCAGCAGUGUUGACUCUGCCUACGCUCAUCUAUACCGAGCGCUAUGAAGAGCCGGGGACUUACCUGGAGGCUGACAAUGUCACCGUGUGUCAGAUGUCUUUCAGCAAGACUGAAACAGCGGAGCUCAUAAAGCUGAUGGUACCCAGCCUCCAGAUGGCCGUUGGCUUCCUGCAGCCACUGUGUGUGAUGGUGUUCUGCUAUUCCUCUAUCAUAUACACACUGCUGAGGGCGCAGAGCAACGAGCGGCACAAGGCUGUCCGGGUGGUGUUUGCGGUCGUUGUGGUUUUCAUUGUGUGCCAUCUUCCCUACAACGUGACCCUGCUGAUCCACACCCUGUCUCUGUUCAAGCAGAGGAGCUGCGAUGCAGAAAAGGUUAAACUCAAAUUUCUUGCCAUCUUCAGGAGUGUCGCCUACCUCCACUGCUGCCUCAAUCCCUUCCUCUACGCCUUCAUUGGAGUCAAGUUCAGGAGUCACUUCCGGCAAAUCAUGUUGGACCUCUGGUGCGUCAGCAAAAAGUACAUCUACUCUGCUCGCUCCUCACGUGGGACGUCUGAAAUCUGCAUCUCAGGGCCAAGAACCUCAGACAUCUCCAACAACAGGUCAUCAUUCAGUGCGUGACACUUCAGUUCCAAAGGGGAAAACAGUCCAGCAGUGCCUCGUCUUACUCUUUUAUCACUGUAAAAAUCAGAAGUGAGAAUGUGCUUUAAAACCGGAAUGAAAGGAAGAUGCUUUCAUACAGGGGGGGAACUUUCUAACUGAAUGCAGUUUAUAUGCAGUAACACAGACAUUGCUCAAAAGUACAAAAUAAAAUCCAGCA